AACACUGGAGCCGAAAAUCUGCUGAGGUUGCUGUUGGCGCUGCACGAUUGCUAUCAUCGUUUAGAUUAAAAGCCUGAAGAAAAGACUGAAUGCAUUCGGAAUAAUAGAAGCAGUGGGGUGGAUCCCCAGUGUUUGCUGAGCAUGAGCAUGGAGGAUUAUGAUUACUUAUUCAAAAUUGUGCUGAUAGGAAAUGCAGGAGUGGGCAAAACUUGCCUCGUCCGACGCUUCACUCAGGGGCUCUUCCCUCCCGGACAAGGUGCCACCAUUGGAGUUGAUUUCAUGAUCAAAACAGUGGAAAUAAAAGGAGUGAAGGUGAAGCUCCAGAUCUGGGACACGGCCGGGCAGGAGCGGUUCCGCUCAAUUACCCAGAGUUACUACCGCAGUGCCAACGCUCUCAUUCUCACCUACGACAUCACCUGUGAAGAUUCCUUCCGGUGCCUUCCUGAGUGGCUGAGGGAGAUCGAGCAGUAUGCCAACAACCAAGUAGUGACAAUCUUAGUAGGUGAGUAUUCAAGUUCUAAUUGA